UUAGGGAACGGUGAGUGACGUGCGCACAACGAGCUGCGGGGACGGAGCUCAAGUCUCUUCGCGUUUACUCUCGCUGUUUGUCAAAGUCUUACGAAGGGUCAAGGAGAAGAAGCACUUUUCCGUUUGCUACUACCGAAAAGAGAAGAAUAUUUUACUCGUGCUGGACUGGUUUAAGUUUAAAUUUGAACGAUAUGAGGCUGGCGAAACGGCGUUGGCGGACUUACACAUAGUUUGAAUUGCGGAGAGGCGAAGCGAAGUGAGCCGCUGGAUCAACAUGCUCACCCCGCUACUGCUCUCCCUUCUGCCUCUUCUCUUUCUCUGUCGGAAUUCGUUUUGCCAAUACUCAAGCGACCAGUGCAGUUGGAAAGGAAGUGGUCUGACGCAUGAGGGUCACACGCGCGAUGUGGAGCAGGUGUACUUGCGCUGCUCACAGGGCUCUCUGGAGUGGCUCUAUCCCACUGGGGCUAUCAUCGUCAACCUCAGGCCCAACACAGUGUCUCCAGCUGUGGCCAAACUCUCAGUCUGUAUCAAACCCUCUCCCGAAUCCAGCGGCGCAAACAUCUACCUGGAUCGGGUCGGAAAACUGCGCCUGUUACUGCAAGAACAGGACCAAGCGCAAGGCAAAGUCCACUGUUUCAAUAUCCAGGAGGGGGCGCUGUUCAUCGAAGCUGUCCCACACAUGGACAUCAGCCGCCGGGCUACAUCGUUUCAGUAUGAGCUGGUCAAUGACAGACUGGGAGCAGAUGCACAUUCACUCAAUGCUCCUUGCCAGCCCUGCAGUGAUGUGGACAUGCUCCUCGCCAUCUGCACAAACGACUUUGUGGCACGGGGCACUAUAAGAAAGGUGGAGGAAGAGCAGGAGCACUGGUCUGUCACUGUGGAGGUCAGCCGACUGUACAGACAGAAAACCCAGGUGUUUGUGUCCGGGGGCGUGAGGGUCCGCAGCUGGACGGGGCAAAUCAAGAUCCCUCUUCAGUGCGCAGUAAGGGCUGGAGAGGGGGACUUUCUUUUCACUGGGGCAGUUCGCUUUGGUGAGGCCUGGAUGGGCUGCGCACCUCGCUACAAAGACUUCCUCCGAGUGUACAAUGAAGCCGAGAAGCAAGGCACUAACCCAUGUCACGUGGACACAAACUGAAAGAUUGGGUUAGCUAAGCAAGAAGUGGAACAGGUCCUUGAUGAGUGGACAAGUUGAACCAAAUGUUCCCAGACACAGACAGCCGGGCCAAGUGUCCCUCCCGUUGUCUGAAGGCUCUUCGAAGACAAAAGACCAGCGCCUCCAGUGUUGCCAAGCAGCAUCCGAUUGGACUCAAAGAGGAUGGGGAUGCCGCGUGGAAUGUGUCUGGACUGCUUUUUCAGCCAGUGACAAACCCACAGGUGUUAAAUGUAGCAGAGCCCUUUGUGUUAAUGUUUGUAAAUGUGAAUGAUUGUUGUAUAUUUGAAGCUUUGUAAAAAUGUGAUGUACAGUUGUGAAUUUGUGUAAAAAGUGAAAGCCUCUUAUUUUUAUUUUGUUAAAAAAUUAAUUGCGGUUUGAUGCCUGAGUAUUUUUUCAGGCUGUACACUUGCAAGAAAAAGACAAACCAAAAACGCUACAGUUUUGUUUUUGCCCUGUGAAUAAAAGCUGUUAUUCAAUUCUAA